AUGGAAUAUGCGACUGAUAUGAUAUGGUCACUUCGAGUAUUCAAUUCGUUUAGUGUCACGAGAAAAAAAAAGGAAAAAAAUUCGCCUUUUCUUCCAACAUUGUACAGGGAAGAUGGAAGAUUUGUCUGCUUUGUCGACAAGACUGCACUAGCAGCAGACGAGCUAUUUCUUGAUAACUUUAUGAAACGCGAAGUACUUUCUCUGGUAGUCGCAUGUCCCAAUUCAAGUGAUGGCUGCGAAUGGAGAGGGGAAGUGAGAUACAUUGAUAAGCACCGUUUGUCCUGCCCUGCGGAAAGACAGAAUUGUUCCAACUACAACUGCCGCGAACGAGUUAAGAGAUCGGACCUUCAGCGACACGUGGAACAUGAAUGUCCUUAUCGCUCGCAGCUGUGUCCCUUAUGCAAAGAAUCCUUGACAGCAGCUGUACUUAAGACUCACCAAGCACAGGAUUGUAAAAUGUAUCUCGUGACGUGCCGCGGGUGUGGCAAAGAAGGAAUUCCACGUGGAGAGAUGGCAAAUCACCUUAGCCCCAUCAAUGGUGACUGUGAAGCAGUUGAGAGGUGCUGCGCAUUUCAACCGAUUGGUUGCGGUGAGAGCAAGAAAAUGAAGCUGUCGGAGGCCACGAAACACAACGAAGUGUCUUCGAUGUUCCACUUGAAUCUGUUGUUGGCGUUUGUGUUGCGUCUGGAGGAACAAGUGAAAAGUCAGCUUGCCUCUGGUGGUGCAUGUGGUGGCGGUAUCAGCGAUCAUUGGAUGAGGGAUUCCGAGAGGUCUAUUUCCAGUGCUAUAUCAAGCAUAGAUGCAGUUGUACGCGAGACAACAGACUUGAGACAGAAGCUUCAGGACAAUUCUGAAAGACUGGUAAGGUUGGAAAGAAGAGUUGCAAGCCAUGGUGACAGACUUCCAGCAGUGACGCCAACGUUCUCCUCGCUACAACCCUCUUAUAACACGGACGAGAUUUCUAGACGUCUCACGAAUGCCGAAAAUGGAAAUAAUAACAUAGAGUUCCUAAUAAGCGAGAAUGGGCGCGAACUCAACGAUCUGAGACAAGAGGUAUCGUCACUUAAACGCCAGCUGGAUGGUGCAGUGGAUAGCAUAAGGCGACUUGAGAGAAGAAUGGAAUCUUCAGAGCACAAUUUAGCGCUCAGGAACGUUGUUCUCUCAGACAUCGAGGAAUAUGUCCGACAGCAGCAAGUUUCCACGUACGACGGGACACUGCUUUGGAAAAUAUCGGAUUACGCUCGCCGAAGAAACGAUGCCAUCAGCGGAAACCAGACGUCUAUUUAUAGCCCGUGUUUUUACACCAGUCGCCACGGGUACAAAAUGUGCGCCCGUCUGUAUUUGAAUGGGGACGGCAUGGGCAAAGGAACACACUUGUCGCUGUUUUUUGUCGUCAUGCGCGGCGAGUUUGACGCGUUACUCCGCUGGCCAUUCAGACAGAAGGUCACCAUGAUGUUGUUGGAUCAAGACAAUGUGGAGCAUGUGAUCGAUGCGUUCAGACCCGAUCCAACCAGCUCGUCUUUCCAAAGGCCCAGGCGGGAGACAAACAUUGCAAGCGGGUGCCCCUUGUUUUGCCCACUGUCAGAGUUGAAUAAUCACGCCUACGUACGAGACGACACCAUGUUCUUAAAGAUUAUAGUGGAUACUCUGGAUCUCUAAACAUAUAACUAAGACAACCUG